CCUUUUCUACGAUCACCGCGCACAGACAUAUAUUUUUACUUGGAUGAUUCUGGUGGCAGUGUAGAAGAGUGUAAUUGGUAUUGUAUCGAUUAACAAGAGGAAUAUAGGCGCACGGACGGAGUUAUUUAUUUGCUCCAGGAUCGGUACGAUCAUCGAAGGGUGAUCGACCACCGGUCUCCGUACAGACGCAUGGAUUAUGGAUCGUGGAUUUAUCAUAUACCCCCAUGGCCGACACAGGCUGUACCCUGCAAGUAUGCUGCGUUUUGCUCCUAAAUAGGCGAAGACGACAACCAAAAUGCAUAGGCCCCCUAAACACUGCUUCGCAGCUUUUGUUGUUGCAAUUAUUAUUCUGAUAAGCGUGGGUUGGUUAAAAUGGAACUCACUCAUCAACACAUGCAACGUUGUCUUGCCUCAAACGGUUGUUUACUCCACCGCAACUUGCUCCUCCCCAACUAAGCAGUAUGUGCCGAGAUUGGUCCUCACAACGUCCAAUGAGAAGCUCGUGGAUUUCACCGAAAAUCUGUUGAGGAGUAUUGAGAAAACAAAAACCUACCCUGUCCUGAUAGUCGACGCUGAAGACGAGACGUCCUUGAGGGCGCUUUCAAAUCACACCUAUCCCAAACUGCACUUCAGAAAUUCGCAUGACGUCAGUAAACUGAAAUUAUUGCUGGAGUACCUUCAACUCGGUUUGGAGGUGUUUUACGUCAAUGCCGAUGCGUACUGGUUUCGAGAUCCUUUUCCUUAUUUCGAGGGAAGUUUCGACUUCGCUCUAACAAAGGACAGGCCGCGAGUGUGGAAUGUUGGUCUGGGGUACUACAAACCAACGCAUCGCACACUGCAAUUCCUGAAACGGUGGAUAGAGCUCUUAGAAACUACGAAAGGAAGCAAAGAGCAGGACAUCUUGAACAAACUGCUUUCGUCGAGGUAUAUACCGGAUCUCAAGAUCAGACUUCUGAACAGUGAAAACUUCCCUAAUGCUGGUUACUUUUUCCCAAUGUACCCGGCCUUAGAAAAGUGCCGAAUAGACACAAGCGAUACCAUUGUGUUCUUUGCCGAGUACAUAGCAAAUCACACGGAGAAAAAAACGGCGUUACAGAAAUGCAAGAUGUGGAUUAAUAAUGGUACCGUGGGAUUUUAAACAAAAGGCACUGUUUUUUUUCUCAGUGAAGUAGAGAUAAUUAGUUGUAUUGUCAUUUGCUUUAAGGACUGGACACCACAUAACACCAGGGGUGCUGUUCAUUAUACCCAAGGGCGGGAUUUAUCAGGAUUGUCCCUGAUUUUAGGAAUUUGUGUCAGGACUUUCGUAAUAUCAUGAUUUUUGAAGAAUCCCUUUUGAAAUCUGGAAUCCUAUAGGUUUUACCGUAAUAUUAUUGUGUUUUUACCUAUACG